AUGCAUGCGAAAAAAUUGGCUUCACAACAACACUCGACUACUAUGGAGAAUCUCCCCUUCGAUGUUUUAUCAAACAUAUUCAUCUGGUUAUUUGCUAAACAGCUUGCUCAAAUGAGGUGCGUCUGUAAAUCUUGGAAUGCAUUCUUAUCUCAAUCAUCCUUCAUAAAAUCCCAUCUCGAUCAUUCAAUCGUUAACAACGAUGAAGUUCUACUGUUCUUCUACGGGGCAUUUAAUAUUUUUGGUGAUGAAGCUUUCUCUGCACAUCCCACCAGAUCUCCCAAUUGGAAACUCAAUGAUUUCAUUAAACCCCCAUUUGAUCUCAAGUUUGCCACUGUUAUUGGAUCCGUUAAUGGCUUAGUAUGUUUUUUUGAUGAAUCAUUUCACGAUCCUAUGAUUUACAUUUGGAACCCUUCUCUUUCCGCAUUGUCAACACUCCCAUCACAUUUUGUGGCCUCCCUUGGUGAUAGUUAUCGGAAAAGUAUCGAUUUCUGGUUUGGGUUUGAUCCCAAAUCAGAUGACUAUAAAGUUAUUAAGCUUGAAGGCCUUCUCCAACCACCUAGCUUCAUUGACCCGAAUUUAGCAGCCUCAGUAAGUCCUUCAUCCUUUGUGGUUAAAGAAUGGCUGCAAGUUGAAGUUUAUAGCAUGAGAAAGGGUUGUUGUCAGUUAAUCAGUCAAAGGUUCCCAUCACACAUCACAGGGAUUUCUGGACAGGAUGAAGUCUCUGUAACUGGCUAUGAUACCCUUCUUCAUUGGCUUGCUUUUAUCGAUGAGAAGAAGGAGUUACAAACAAUAGUUGCAUUCGAUUUGGGCGCUGAGACAUUCUGUGAAAUACCUCUUCCAGUUUCUAUGUUCGAACACAAAGCGGGUGAUGUUUUAGGAGUUUUGGGUGGAAAGCUUUGUGUGAUGUCAAGGAUUAGAGAUGAUGAAUGUGAGGUCUGGGUGAUGGAUGAUUAUGGGGUUGUUGAAUCAUGGGUGAAACGAUAUACCUUUUCACAGUUUGUUGCAGAGAAGUCCAAAUUCUUCAAGCUUCAUUGUCGCAUAACUAAAAUUGUUGGAUAUGUUGACAGUCUUGUUUGGAUGGGACCUAAUGAGCUUCAGAGGAGCAUCUCUCAGUUGCAAGUUUAA